CAAAUUAAAAACCUCCGGCUCCUUCUGUAUUGCCGCCCCCGCCAAGAAAAAAAAAACAAACAAACAAACAAACAAAACAAAAUGAGAAUCUCAGAGAUGUCGUCUCCUUCUCCUCCACCUCCUGCAACUAGCAAAGACUCCCAAUCCCAUUCAUACUCUCUUCUUCUCUCCCAAAUCGAAUCCUCGAUCAGACAACUGGAGCAUCUCUCCCCCGACGCUGAGACUGAGAUUGACAAGUCAUUGCUUCCCUCCAUCUCCUCCGAUCUCCGCCAAUCCCUCGUUCAGCUCUCUCAAUUUCACAGCAUAAACAACGGCCUCAAACUCCACAUCUGGAAGCUCAGCUUCCGCCUCUGGAAUGCCUGCGUCGACCUCUCCAAUGCCUCCUCCUUCCUCCUCCUCCGAUCCUCUCAUUCCGCCCAUCACCUCGCCCACCUCCGCCAUGUUUCUGCCGACCUUCUCUCCCUCGCCGGAGACGUCUCUGGCGUCCCCUCUCCCUCCAUCAAGUCCGCCUCCUUCUACUACAAGACCGGCCUCAUCUGGCACGAUCUCCGGAAUUUCGACCUCGCCUCUACCUGCUUCGUCAGAGCCACUGAUCUCGUUUCCAAUCUCGUUCCCGACGCGAUCUCCGGUGCCGCCGAGAGAAAACUGCUCCUGGAUCUCAAUCUCGCGAGAUCUCGCACCGCCUGGGACGUCUCUGACCGGAAUCUCGCCCUGGCAUUGCUGAACCGCUCCAAGAGCUUGCUUUUCGGCUCCUCUGAGCACUACCAGGCACUCGCGAGCCAGUAUUUGACGUUCGGAAAGAGUUUGCUAUCGAAGAAUGAGACUAGUAGCCAGGCUUCGAGCGAAGCUCUGAAGUUCAUGAAUGAAGCGUUGGAUCUGUGCGAGAAAGGAUUGGGACUGGGAUUCGGUGCCGUCGAUCUCAGCGAAUUGAGGUCGAAGACGCUGCGGUUCAUCUCCGCUAUCCAUUUACAGAAGGGAGAUUACGAGAGCGUGAUCAAGUGCGUGAGGGUUCUGAGAGAGAGUGAUAAGAGAGGGGACAAUAACCAUCCGAGUCUCCCGGUGUUGGCAGUGAAGGCCUGGUUGGGAAUGGGGAGAUACGGUGAGGCGGAGAAGGAGUUGAAGGGCAUGGUGGUGAAUCAGGACGUUCCCGAGGGCGUUUGGGUGUCGGCGGUGGAAGCAUACUUUCAGGCGGUAGGGACGGCGGGGGCAGAGACGACCAAGCAGGUGUUCUUGGGGUUGUUGGGGCGGUGCCAUGUCAGCGCAGGAGCGGCCGUGAGGAUGGCCCACAGGGUGGUCGGGGAUGGCUGUGGUGGCCCUGACCGCGAGGUUGGGACUAGUUCCAAUGUGAGGGCUAAAGUGGUGGCAGAGCUGGUCUCGGAUGAGAGAGUGGUUGCGCUAUUUGCUGGCGACACGGCGGCUAAGGAGAGGAUGGCAAUGCACGCUGUUCUUUGGAAUUGUGCUGCUGACUUCUUUCGAUCAAAAGAUUAUGGGACAAGUGCAGAGAUGUUUGAAAAAUCAAUGCUUUAUAUUACAUACGACACAGAGAGUAAAAUUCUUCGAGCCAAGGGCUUUAGAGUUUUGUGUCUCUGCCACCUUGGUCUUUGUCAGCUUGAUCAAGCUGAAGAGUAUAUUAAUGAGGCUGAAAAGCUGGAGCCCAACAUAGCCUGCGCGUUCCUUAAGUUCAAGAUUUACCUGCAAAAGAAAGACCAAGAUGGCGCUAUUACUCAAAUCCAAGCCAUGACAACCUGCGUUGAUUUUACUACCGACUUUCUCUCCCUAUCAGCUCAUGAAGCUGUUGCUUGCCGUGUGCUUCCUGUUGCUGUGGCAGCGCUAUUGAGUCUCCUAGACUUCUAUGCCCAUGGAAAAUCCAUGCCAACAGCAGAGGUUGUAGUUCUGCGGACUAUUGUCACAAUCCUCUCUCAAGAGCCAGGCAACGAGAUGGAAGUUCUGAAAUUUGUAAAAUGUGCUCAUAACCGGGCAACUGAACUUGGCCCUGAUCUCUUCUUUGGAGUAGGGGAGGUUGGAAGACGGGAACGGAAUUGGUUUGCUGUGACUUCAUGGAAUUUUGGGACUAGAACUGGGAAGGAGAACAACUAUGAAUUAUGUGCUGAAUUUUUGAGAUUGGCUUCAGUGUUUUACGGUCUCCUUGUUGAUGUGCAAGUGGAAGAAAAUAAUGUUAUGGUUUGCAAAUCAUUAGUACUGACCAUAUCUGCCAUGAUCGCUUCAGAGAGUCAAAGAAAGGCUACAUUAUCAGACAGUGAAGUGAAGCAAGCGGUGGAACUGCUAGAUAGAGCUGGGAAGAUACUGAAGUCAAUCUCAACUGGCCCUCGAUUAAAUGAUGAUCAAAUUAUUACCCUUGAGCCUGAUCUGUUCUUCAUAUACACCUUCAGUGCCUAUGAUAUACAAGGCAGGCUGAAUGAUUUAGCAGCACAGCAACUCCUUGUGAAGAGUUAUGCCAGCUCAAAAGCUUGCAAUCCGAAGCACCUUCUUCAGAUAGGCCUUAGUGCCUCGCAGGGUCCCCGAUCCAAUCCCGAAGUAGCUACCUUUGCUCUAAAUGAGUGCCUCUCAGCCUUCCUUUCCUCCCUCUCACCAGAUUACCAGAACAUUGCUGUUGUAUUGAGGAAGCUUAUUGCAGUAGCAUGUAUUCAGAAGGGUGGCGCAGAUGAUGAUGCUGUAUAUGGCGUCUACAAGCAAGCUUACCAAAUAAUGGUGGGGUUGAAGGAAGGAGAAUAUCCAACUGAAGAGGGAAAAUGGCUUGCCAUGACUGCAUGGAAUCGGGCAGCAAUACCAGUGCGGUUGGGGCAGAAUGAAACGGCAAAGAAAUGGAUGAAAGUUGGUCUAGAAUUUGCUAAGCGCAUUCCAGGAAUGGAGACUUACAGGGCAUUCAUGGAUGAUUUUGUCGAUGGUUUCCAAAAGAAAUUUCCAUGUGCAGAAUGAUAUAGAAAGCAGGACUCGGCUAGUAGCAUGAUGUGUACAUCUUUGUUGUACAGGAACCCAUUUUUCGUUGCUGGCUGUACGUUCAUUUGGCUGGUUGUUAUACCCCUUACCGAAGAGUACUUGAG